UCGAUGAAUGUGAACAUGGAUCCUGUCACUGAAAUCUUCUUGAAGCUGCUCUUUAUCCUGUCUGUUCAUCACCAGCAUACGGCAGUGGCAGGAAAUAAAUAUAAUUGUGAUGAUCAGCUGGUUUCUGCUUUGCCUCAGUCAUCAUUCAGUAGCUCAUCAGAGCUGUCUAGCAGUCACAGCCCUGGAUUUGCAAGGCUUAAUCGAAGAGAGGGUGCUGGUGGCUGGUCUCCACUUGUGUCCAAUAAAUAUCAAUGGCUGCAGAUUGAUCUUGGUGAAAGAACUGAGAUUACUGCUGUUGCUACUCAAGGUGGUUACGGGAGCUCAGACUGGGUAACAAGCUACCUUCUGAUGUUCAGUGACAGUGGACGAAAUUGGAAGCAGUAUCGUCAAGAGGAAAGCAUUUGGGCCUUUUCUGGAAACACAAAUGCAGACAGUGUCGUGUACUAUAAGCUUCAGCAUUCUAUUAAAGCAAGAUUUCUCCGUUUCGUACCUUUGGACUGGAAUCCAAAUGGCAGGAUUGGAAUGCGCAUUGAAGUGUAUGGAUGCACAUAUAGGUCUGAGGUGGUUGGCUUUGAUGGGAAAAGUUGUCUAAUUUACACAUUUAAUAAAAAACUCAUUAAUGCACUGAAAGAUGUGAUUUCUCUGAAGUUUAAGACAAUGCAAAGUGAUGGAAUUCUCCUCCACAGAGAAGGACAAAAUGGAGACCACAUCACCAUGGAAUUAUCUAAAGGGAAGCUGUCCUUACUCAUUAAUUUAGGUGAUACUAAAACUCAUCCUUCUAAUGCCCAAGUUAAUAUUACGCUGGGCAGCCUUUUGGAUGAUCAACACUGGCAUUCUGUUCUCAUUGAGCAUUUUAACAAUCAAGUAAACUUUACAGUGGAUAAACACACUCAUCAUUUUCAUGCAAAAGGAGAAUUCAGUUAUUUGGACCUUGAUUAUGAGCUCAGCUUUGGAGGGAUCCCAGUGCCUGGAAAAUCAGGGACAUUAUCACGCAGGAACUUUCAUGGGUGUUUUGAAAAUAUUUAUUAUAAUGGAGUGAACAUUAUUGACCUGGCCAGGAGGCAUAAAUCUCAGAUCUACAUUGUGGGCAAUAUGUCCUUCUCUUGUUCAGAGCCACAGGUGGUUCCUGUUACAUUUCUGAGCUCCAGCAGUUUCCUGGCACUGCCAGGCACAUCAGGGCAAGAUGAAGUAUUUGUCAGUUUUCAGUUUCGCACUUGGAACAAGGAAGGACUUCUAUUAUCCAGUAAACUGCACCAGUCUUCAGGUGGAUUCCUCUUAUAUUUGAGUGAUGGCAGAGUCAAAAUCAAUCUUCAUAAAACAGGAAGAGUAAUGAGUGACAUCGCUGCAGGUGCUGGAUUAAAUAAUGGCCAAUGGCAUUCUGUAUCUCUCUCUAUCAAAAGGAAUCGUAUCAGUUUAAGAGUGGACAAUGAUGUGACUUCAUCUGCUUAUGCCUUCAUACCUCUGCAGAUUUAUUCAGAUGUGUUCUACUUCGGAGGCUGUCCUAGCAAUGGAAACACUUCUGAAUGUAAUACCUCAUUUGGUGGUUUUCAAGGAUGCAUGCGACUUAUUUCCAUUGGUAACAAAGCAGUGGAUAUGAUCUCUAUUCAGCAAAACAGUUUUGGCAAUUUCAGUGAUCUUCAGAUAGAUUUAUGUGGCAUUACAGACAGGUGUUUGCCUAAUUACUGUGAACACGGUGGUGAGUGCUCACAGUCCUGGAACAGUUUCCACUGCAACUGUGCCAAUACUGGUUACAAGGGAGCUACUUGUCACUAUCCCAUCUAUGAGCAAUCAUGUGAAGCCUAUAAGCACAGAGGGAACACUUCAGGCUUUUACAAUAUUGAUUCAGAUGGAAGUGGCCCCUUGGGACCAUUUCUCGUAUACUGCAAUAUGACAGAUGCAACGUGGACAAUUAUACAGCAUAACAGCACCAACCUAACCAGAGUUAAAAGUGCUAAUCGAGAGAACCCACACACUGUGUUUUUCAAGUAUUCUGCCAGCCUAGACCAGCUUUGGGCUACAAUAAACCUCGCAGAUCACUGUGAACAAGAGCUUGCUUACUACUGCAAAAAAUCAAGGCUUUUAGAUCAGUCAGAUGGGAUGCCACUGAGCUGGUGGAUUGGAAGAACAAAUGAAACUCAUACUUACUGGGGAGGUUCCUUGCCUGCUGUACAAAAAUGUGCUUGUGGACUGGAGGGAAGCUGCAUUGAUUCCCAGCAUUACUGCAACUGUGAUGCGGACAGGGAUGAAUGGACUAAUGAUACUGGCUUCCUCUCCUACAAGGACCAUCUACCAGUAACUGAAAUUGUGAUCACAGAUACUGACAGACCAAACUCGGAAGCUGCUUACAAACUGGGGCCUUUGCUUUGCCGUGGUGAUAGAACAUUUUGGAAUUCAGCUUCCUUCAACACAGAGACAUCCUACCUGCAUUUCCCCACCUUCCAUGGAGAACUUAGUGCAGAUGUCUCAUUUUUCUUUAAAACUACUGCUUCCUCAGGAGUGUUUUUAGAGAAUCUGGGAAUUCAAGAUUUCAUAAGGAUAGAGUUGCAGUCUCCAUCUGAAGUGGUUUUUUCCUUUGACGUGGGAAAUGGACCUAGCGAAGUCAUAGUGCAAUCACGCCAUUCCUUAAAUGACAACCAGUGGCAUUAUGUGAAGGCUGAACGAAAUGUCAAAGAGGCUUCCUUACAAAUAGAUCAGCUUCCUCAAAGAUCUCACAGUGCUCCACCUGAUGGACAUAUUCGCUUGCAGCUCAACAGCCAGCUUUUUGUAGGUGGAACAGCAUCCAGGCAGAAGGGAUUUUUGGGAUGCAUUCGUUCAUUACGGUUGAAUGGAAUGGCCCUUGAUCUGGAAGAGAGAGCAAAGAUAACACCAGGAGUUGAACCAGGCUGUCCUGGACAUUGUAGCAGCUAUGGUAACCUGUGUCACAAUGGUGGAAAAUGUAGAGAGAAAUACAGUGGAUUUUCCUGUGACUGCAGUUUCUCAGCCUAUGCUGGUCCAUUCUGCAAGAAAGAGAUCUCUGCCUACUUCUGGACAGGCACUUCUGUGACAUAUAACUUUCAAGAAUACUACGCAUUAGCUAAAAAUUCCAGUUCUCAUGCUUCUUCUUUCUAUGCGGACAUGACAUUAACCCGGGAAGAAAUUACAUUUGCCUUUCGAACAACUCGGACACCAAGCUUACUGCUCUACGUCAGCUCCUUCUACAAGGAAUACCUCUCAGUCAUUCUCACCAGGAAUGGGAGUUUACAGGUUAGGUACAAGUUAGAUAGCCAUCAAGAUCCUGAUGUCUUCAGCAUCACUUUCAAAAGCAUGGCUGAUGGACAACUACAACAUGUGAAGAUUAACAGAGAGGAGGAAAAGCUCUUUGUAGAGGUUAACCAGAAGGAAAGAAUGAAGUUUAUUCUGUCUUCAGGUACAGAAUUCAAUGCAAUCAAGUCUCUCACACUUGGCAAGAUUUUAGAAAACAGCGAUGUAGAUGAGGAGACUAUGAAGGCAAAUUCUCAGGGGUUUGUUGGCUGUCUAUCUUCAGUGCAGUUCAACCACAUUGCUCCUUUGAAGGCUGCACUGCACCACAGCAGCUCAGCCCCUGUCAUUGUAAAAGGGCGUUUCACUGAAUCCAACUGUGGUACUUUAACUGGAGCUGACUCAACAUCAAGUGAAACAACCCAUUCAUUUGCAGAUCACUCUGGACCAAUAGAUGAGGGAAAGCCCUUAGCUAAUGCAAUCAGAAGUGACUCUGCAAUUAUUGGAGGUGUGAUAGCAGUUGUCAUAUUCAUCCUACUUUGCAUCACGGCCAUAGCCAUACGCAUUUACAAAAAAAGCAUAUACUCAAAAAAUGAGACAAAAGGAUCUGAAAAUGAAGACAGUGCUGAAUCUGCAUUGAAAAGUGAGCUCAGCAUGCAAAACACAGCCAAUGAAAAUCAAAAGGAAUACUUCUUCUGA